AUGGUCACCGUACUAUGCUCUGAUUGGUCGAAUUCUGUGUGGUAUUUCCGCAGCUAGUGACGUGCUGUUAUUGGGUGAACUUGCAAGAACCACGAAAGCAAAAUACCGAGCCAAAGUUUUCGUUCUGUUGGACGGAGUCUAUAUAUUAGGCUGUGCCCUGGGGCCUAUGCUUGCGACGAUUCUCACGUUUCGUUUCAGCAUAUCAAGCUGGAAAAUUACCCCAGAAAAUUCACCGGGUUUUGCUUUGGCUGCAAUCUGGCUCAUAAUUUUUAUCCUAACUACAAUUCUGCCAAGGAAUUUCAGCGAAGACGAAGAUUUGAGCGAUAGACAGUUGGUUUUAACCCCAAACGGUUUCACAGAGAGCUACGAGGAAGACCCUCAAAAACUAGCCGUUAACAAAAGUCAAAUCCUUUGCCUUUUGAGUUACGUAUUUUUCAUAUGGUUUUUCGCUUCUGUCACAGCAUACAACACUCCCUUACUCGCUACAGAGCUUUUCAAUCUUGAUCAAUUUCAUAUCAACUUAUUGUUCGGUAAUGCACUUUUGUUCCAAAUGGUUCUCUACCUCAUUUGUUACAUUCUACGAGAGAGACUAAACGAGAUAGUUGUACUUCUGAUAGCAAUGUUCUUACAAGCAAUCCCACUCAGUAUCAUGGGAACGUUUGGUAUCAAUUGGAGCAACAACUUUAUUUAUCUGCUACUUGUUUAUAUUGUGAUCGGUAGUCCAUUGGUGGCAAUUACUCUAUCCUGUUCGUUGCUGUUAAAAAUCACUCACCCGCAACUCACAACGUAUUAUCAACAAUUGGCGUACACAAGUCUUCAUAUAGCGACAGUUUUCGGACGUAUUUUGGCCGCUUUCUUCUUUGCGAAGACUUUACUGGCUUGGCUAGCUUUGCAGCUCGGUUUUCUGUGGCUCAUGAUGACUAUAUCAUAUACUGUUGUUUACUUUAUGAAGUAUUAGGUGCAACUGCUGUAAAUAUAUAUAUAUAUAUAUAUAUAUACGAGUAGGUUUGUGUAUACGAAACGCAAAGAGUGCUCAAUAUCAUAAAGAUAGAGCAAAUGUAGAAUUUCGCUUACCUCAAAAUUCCGCAACAGUCUGUUUCAUCAGUAAAGAAUCAUCAGGCGGUAUCUAUAUAUAUAUAUAUAUAUAUUAUAUAUAUAUAUAUAUAUAUAUAUAUAUAUAUAUAUAUAUAUAUAUAUAUAUAUAUAUAUAUAUAUAUAUAUAUAUAUAUAUAUAUAUAUAUAUGUGUGUGUGUGUGUGUUUGCUGUCGAGGUAUGGAAAUGAAUCUAAGAGGCAGGAUAUAUUCGAGUGCUUGCACUUCGAGUUCACAAGAGACGCACGAAUUUGGGAGAAUUACACAUGUAAAAGUCUCGCAACUUGUUAACAAGAUGUGUUCGCAACUGCAACAGGCUUUUGUAACAAGCUUGUCAACAAGUUGGAACAAUGCUGUUAUUUUAUCAAGUUGCUACAAGGUUGUCACUCACAACUUGUUGACAAAUUGUUGAAUUGCAGGACGACAACAAGUUGUUGGAACAACUUGUAACAAGUCUGUUGAGCUCAACAACCUUGUAGCAAGUUGUCAACAAGCUGGGAACAAGCAAUGCGAACAACCUGUUGAUUAGUUGUUGGAACAUCAUUGCUACAAGUCUGCUGGUGUGAUACUCAUUUUAACACAGCUGUCUUAUUUGGCACGAUUUGAUACAUGCGCACGAUAAAAUAUAUGCAAUUGGUUGUUAAUCACUGUAGAAAUAUAUUGUGAUAUAAAUUUAGUUAAAUGUAUGUAGUAGUGUUAAAAACAAAAAGUUUAGCUGGCCGUUACUGGUGCAAAAGUUAAUUAUAUCCCGGUUUUCCCAAAAAGGAAAAUGAAUGUUGUUUUGGUUGGAAGUUUACAGAAAUUUUUACACAAGUUGCCUAAAUAGUCAACAGAUAAAUCCGCGAAUAAUUAAUAAAACUGAACAAACGCUUCCUCAGUAGAGCUUCAAUUCCAUCUAUUUGCAAACAAAUACAAGCCUACACACGUACAAAUCUCACAACUUGUCAACAAGAUGCGUUCGCAACAGGCUUGUAGCAAGCUUGUCAACAAGUUGCAACAAUGCUGUUAUUUUAUCAAGUUGCUACAAGGUUGUCACUCACAACUUGUUGACAAAUUGUUGAAUUGCAGGACGAUAACAAGUUGUUCCAACAACUUGUAUCAAAUCUGUUGAGCAACUUGAGCUCAACGACCUUGUAGCAAAUUGUCAACAAGCCGUUGAUAACUUGUCAACAAGCUGGGAACAAGCAGUGCGAACACAUCCUGUUGACAAGUUGUUGGAACAGCAUUGCUACAAGUCUGCUGCAGGUUUGUUACAACUUGUGCGUUCUUACGUGUGUACUUCAUACAAUGAAAAGAAUGAACAUUUUUACCAUCUGGUCACAUGUAAGUUCAGUUCCUGCCGCCCUGGUGAACCCUUCAACUAAAUACCUAAUUAGCAUAUUUUCCAUCUUACUACGCCCGCAAUGGUUUUUGGGCGAAGCUCGCCCCACGUGUCUUCCUCUCUCGUGUUCGGCCAUUUUGUUCAAAAUUGACUUUCUGGCUCACCGCUGUUCUUGAACGAUUAAGUCGGCCAGAAAUUAAAAUGGUAAGGUUUUAAAACUAAAAAAUAAUAGUUAAACCUUUUAGCCGUUGAAAUAUUGCACUUUUAGACCGAAAUACAUUUGUUGAGAUCUAUUUUCAGACACUUAAAAUUGGCCGGUACGUUCACUAAAAUAUGAGCUGUGAUUUUUGUUUGUAGUCUUUCAAAGAUAAAGGAGGUCCUGAAGAAGAAGCCCAGAUUCAUAGAAUCCGAAUUACAUUGACAAGCAGAAAUGUGAAAAGUCUUGAAAAGGGUAUAAAAGUUUACUUCAGCGGAUAUAUUAAAAAGUGAAUGUAAUUUGGAAUUUUAUAGGGCAUUAUAAUAUAGCAUUUGUAAAUUCUGAACGCUGAUUGGCUAAGAGCCGUGUUGAUAUAACUCCAUGUCAACACGGGAAAUUUUCCGCCGCUUGUAAACACGGAAAUUUUUCUUAUUCUUCGGGCUUUUGACAUUGCUAUAUUAUAAAACAAAUAUAAAACAUUUUUUCCGUAUUGAUAUAUAGUUAUAUCAACACUUGUGGAAGUUGGGAAAACUCGAAAUUGUAUGAAAACACUCCGCCCUUCGGGCGUCGUGUUUCCACACAAUUUCUCGUUUUCCCAAUUUCCACUCGUGUUGAUAUAACUGUAUAUCAACACGGAAAAUGUUUUAUAUUUGUUAAUUAUGUCAUAUAUAUGUAUUUGCAAUUGUUUCAACUACAUACUGUGGAACCCCGUUAAUACGGCUAAAUGGGAAAAAUUGGCCAUAUUAACAGGGUAUCUUUAUAAGAAAUGUAUUGUCUUGGUUUUUUUCGGCUAGGGGCAUUUCACAGUACAUGCAAAAUCCAAUAUUUCAAACCAUUUUGCUCGACGUUUUUAAUGGUACUGAAAGAUAAUUUUAAAUUUGACUGGUUCCAUUGCAUAUCAAUCUGAACUAAAUAACAGAAGUGGCAGACUUCUAGGUUUGCUAUCUUUGCACCAAAUUUUUUUCUGCGAUAAAAGUGCAUGCCUACGAUGGCAACAUUGUGUGUGGACGAUCUUCGGUGCACAUGGCAAACCCAGCAAUUUGGCCUAAGUGUAACAAAAGUGUGAUGGUUGAAAUGUUGCAGUUUUAAUAUGUCAAAUGCCAUUUGGCAUGGACUUGCUUGCAAAAAGGAUUUUUGAAUGAGAUAGAGAUUGGCCUCAAACCUAAUGUAGUUUGCUUGAAUAUGAAUUGAAUUUGACACAUGCACAAUACCAUGAAUGAUAUAUACAGUGUUAAAUUGACAAUGUGCUAUUUGCACACCUUUUUGGCCAACAUAGUGAAAAUUGCCAAUCACUUUUCUAAACCAAUCAAUCCGCAGAUGUUUGGUGUUAUUCUCACUACCUAUGAUGUGACAGACCAUUAUCUAUUGGAAGCACUGACUAAACAGAAAAUUUAAAAAAGAAAUAAAAAAAAAAGUUAAAACCGACCUACCCUACCUAAGUUUUUACAAGAAGAAAUAGGAAACCCACAUAUAUUUUUUGUCUUAUAAAGUUUGCAGUGAUCUGAUCAAAGGUGCAAAGGAGAAGAAGCUUCAAGUAAAAGGUCCUGUACGCUUGCCCACCAAACGUCUGAGGAUCACAACAAGGAAGACGCCAUGUGGUGAAGGAUCUAAGACUUGGGAUAGAUUUGAGAUGAGGAUUCAUAAAAGAUUGAUUGAUUUGCACAGUCCUUCCGAGAUUGUGAAACAAAUCGUAUCCUUUUAUACCAUUUAUAACAUGCAUUUCUACUUUAGUGUGUCAUCCGAACUAUCUGCCCAUAUUAACCUGCAGGUUACUCAGUAAAUUACUGACGGUGUAAGUAAAUCUGAAAAGACUCUGUCUGACAAAGCCGCACAGCUUUUCUUGACGAAGAAAAGCAAAUAUCACAAACAAAAGCCAGAAUGAAUGAUAUUUAUUGGUCCAUCAAUAAACUUUGAAUCCUCACGUCCCAACUGAAUACUGAGAAAAAAUUUAAAUUUCAGAUCCUGCUAAUCUGCCCUACUUUAAUUUUUUUUACUUCAUCUAUGUUCUACAGCUUGUCAAUUGUUCAACAUUCUUGCAAAAUUUGUCGGCACAUUUCCUUGACGACAGUGUUUCAGACAUCAAUCAGCAUUGAGCCUGGUGUUGAGGUUGAGGUUACCAUCGCUGAUGCAUAGUCUAAGAAAGACGUCAAAGACCAAACCUUUUGAUGAAGAAUAAAAGUUGAUCAAAAAGAUCCC